AUGACUCUGGCUGAGAUAACUGCGGUACAGACGACGUGGCCGCGGUUCUACCAACACAAAGACAACGGUAUCGAACUGUUUAUCGAACUGUUCACAUGGUAUCCUGAAUGCAAGCUGCUCUUCAAAAGUUUCGCCGAGCAGUCUGUCACUUCGCUGUUCAGCGACCCCCAAUUGGUUGGCCAUACUAUUGCCGUUUUGUACCAAAUAACUGCCAUGGUAGAUGCCUUGGACGAUGCAGAUCUGUUCGAAGAGCUGGUACGGAAGAACGCCACCCAGCACGUUCGACGACCAGGCGUCCAUGCCAAGCAUAUCAGCUCCUUUACCCAGGUGUUGAAGUCUGUGCUGCGCCAGAAGAUGGGCACCAGUAUGACGCCCGACGCUACGAGUGGCUGGGAUAAGUUCUUGCAACUUGUGGUGAACAUUACGCAAGAUGUGUAUACCAAGGCUGCCGACAGCCCUCAUCAUAGAGCUAAGCAUGACCUAAAAAGGGAAUGA